ACGUCACCGAAUCAGCCUCGCUCUGACCAAUACAGGAAGUGAAGAGACGCGAACGUCCAUCUUGGGGUUAGGAGAAGUCUGUCUGUAUCCGCCAGACAUCGGAGCCAUCCGCGACAUUUCAAGCCCGAUUCUCAGCUCGUGCCGGUCUGCAGGACUUGCUGCGGCGUCUCCUCUCCGUAAUCUAUGACGAAGAUGGUGAUCAAGGUCUAUAUAACUGGCGUUUCGGCGUCAACUCAGUUGAGGAAGCACCAGCAGGAUGUACUGGACAUCCUCGGAGGGAUGAAAAUCGAACACCAGAUGAUCGACGUGUCCAUCGACGACGAGGCCAGACAGUUCAUGUGGACAAACAGCAAACAACCAGAGAAGGGAAAACCACUCCCUCCCCAGAUCUUCAACGGAGAAGAGUACUGUGGGGGCUGGGAAGAGUUUGAAGUGGCCAAGGAGAACGAACAAGUCUACGACUUCCUGAAACUAGACCAACCAGCAGGAGAGAAGAUCAAGUUCAGAGGGGAGGGGGAGGAGGAGGAGGACAAGAAGGACGAAGAAGAAAAGGCAGAGAACGAGGCACCAGCUGCAGACGAGGGAGAAACGAAAGAAGAAGAAAAAGCAGAAGAAGAGGCGCCUACAGAAGAUGAAUAGACAGAUUAGCUAUGCGUUAACUCAAGGCCUCGUCAACAUCAACGCUGCCAUCCCGUAAGGUCCAACCCAGCUGUCCUCGCAAAGCAGUAACAAUACAUUUCAUCCAUACCAUGGUAUGGAGUGAAAUAUAACUAACAUUGCAGAGUGUCUAGAAAAAGGGGGUUUGCAAUAGUUUUGUCUUGCCAUGGACCCAAAUAAUGAUUCUGUGACAGACGCACAUGUGAAAUUUGUGAACGACAAAUGUUGUUUGAAACUGGAGGUGUUACUUAUGUAGGAUGGCAGCGUGACAGGUAAAUAACUGAUGCCUUCUUGCCAAACACCUAUUGGAGUGCAACAUCUCGGUACAACAUGACCGUCUGUCUAAUCAAAAGUUGGAUAAUCAUACAAGGCAGUUGAAUGUAUAACAGGGGCCUUCCUUAGGAUUGUUGCCAGUCUGUACACCUUUAUUUUGCUUUAAGCACGUUUCAGCACUUUUUGUUUUAUUAGAUAUAUUUCUGAUCUGUUCAUUCAAAGAGAAUUCAAAAGAUAUUUUAUACGCGUUUUACAUAAUCUCAGCUUCAAAUGACACCUUGUGGAAUCUAUUGGGAAACAAAUUUAAGGAGACCAGGAACUUUCGACAGAGAUUAUUUGUUCUAGAAAAGUAUGUUACUCAGUUGAAGUAACACACUGCAGUUAGGACCAUUCUUUUCUGUUCGAUUUGCAACACCUUGCACCAAGCCACCAAAUAAAAAGGAUCGUUACUUCAGUAGUCCACCUCCUAAAUGUAAAUUUGUUGUAUUUUUAGUCACCUACGUCUGUGGGAAAAAUUAGCAUUCAUCAAUUUUUUGAUUGUGUACUGUUUGACCACUGGAACUGUUGGUAGUGUUAGAAAACGCUGUCAUGACAAUGAACUGGAAAGCGGCAAUAUUGCUGGACCAAGUUUCCCCACUAAAAGAUCCCAUAGAAGCGGAUAUGUAAGCAGCUUUGAUUUUUUAAUCUACGUGCCAAUUGAUCGAGAGAGGAUAGCUCUGUUAGAAAAUGCGUUAGGACAUUGUCAAUUUUUGUUGGAUAGUUGUUAGAGUUGUAUGCUGAUACAUGUAACCGUUAUGUACGCCAUGUAUACAUCUUUGACAUAUGCUCUGCUGUAUUUUACUCAAGGUCCAACAGUCGUGAUUAUAUGAUAAUCAUUUAUUGGUGCUCGCAAAACCCUGCACAAUACAGCAGGUUUUGCUGGUAGGCUGUUCUACAGUGCAGAAAGUAGGCAGACAAAUCAAACCAUUUACAGAUCUCUGUAUUUCCUACUGUAUUCUUCAGAAUUUUUAUAGUUCUUCAGUAGUUAUAUGUGAUGCUUUAGGGAAAAUUCUCAGCCAAAUAUAUCCUUUUGUAAUUUUCAAGUACAUUGAAAACAUGUUAGAACCAAAGUUUGGCGGCUAUCAAACUUAAUAGCUUUGAUUUUUUUUCCAUCUCCAUAAUUCUUAGAUCAGAUUUAUAAGGAUGAAAAAUACUGUUAGUGGAUUCCCUGUGUAAAUUAUGUACAAUGUAGAGGUUUGAAGUGAAGAAAGUUGCUGUGUUUAAGUUUAUGUAGCAGAGAUGUGUGUUAAUAGCUGAUGUCAGUCGAGCCAAGCAAGUCUAUGUAAAGUUUAGAAGUGCUGUCAAAAAUAUCAUACUUCUCUGCAAUGCCUGCCAAUAACAUAUGCUCAUACAUAACAAUGCAAUAUAUACAACAACAAAAGUUUUUAGUUUUCUUCUGGUAGGCCAUAUAGGUAUUAGCCUAGUACUGUGGCCAUUGAAAAGGGUUGUGAAAACAUCUCAGUUUGAUUCAAAUGCAGGAAAAUGAUCCGUUCGUAAUGAUAAUAAAAAAAAGUUGAAAACUUCCA